AUGGUAUAUUUCAUUUCAGAGAAACCGACUACAUCUUCAGAGAGUACCACAGAGCCGGCAAAACCAACAACCGAUGGAGUCUCCAAUGAACGGAAGACAGGUUGAUAUAUUGACAUCCAUGAAAUAAUAAGAAACAUGUUUGCAUUUAAACAAAACAGUCCACGCACUGUUUACUCCUUGACUUACACGAAAAUUCCCGAAACUACCGUGUUAAAAUGGUGGUGGUUUCAGGCUGCUGUUUAACGGACGUACAUUGUAUCACAUCAUUUACAAUGCAACUCUGGUAAUGGCGGCAGUCUUGGCGACCAUCUUGACGACUUUUGCUAUAAUCGUGUUUUUGUGCACAAAACAAUUUUCAGAAUCAACUUCGUGCCACUUUUAUGUCAUAUCUCGUAACCAAGACAACCAAUGGUCAUCAAACUUGCCAAAAAUGUGUCUAAACAUUAGAGAACCGCUAAAAGGAGGAGUGAGGUUCUAUAAAAGUCAGAGAAUUUAUUAUUGUUAUUAUUAUUAUUGAUUAUAUUAUUAUUGUCAUCAUCAUCAUCAUCAUCAUCAUCAUUAUUAUUACCAUGUUUUUAUUAAAACAGUGCUAUCAUUAUUUGCCAUUAUACGACAGCAAUAUCUACUUCACAUCUCGGUACAUUUUAUUUUUAACCAGAUUUCACUUUCGAAAUUCGUGUUAACGAGAAGUGGGAUGACCAAUUAGAGGAUAAAGCCAGUGAGAAAUAUAAGAAAAUAUCCACAUUGCUGAAAGAACAGGUACAGUUAAAUAAGGAUGUACAACAUCUUUUAUUUUCUGGUCGGCAAAGCUUUUCACUUGCGAAUCCCUUCUUAAUCCCUUUUCAUGUUACCCCAUAUUUGGAAUGGUUCAGCACAUUCCUACAUGUAGGUGAUUCUUACUACUAUGUCCAGCUUAAGCCCCCACUGUCUUGCUUUCACUCGCGCCUCCAUAGUCACGUAUUUAAAUAAACAGAGCCUUCUUUCCACAUGAAGUCACGGUCGCCAUGUUGGUGUCCCAAAACAAUCAAACGGCGACCAUGCACUAGUCCUGUGGGAAUUCAACUCAUUUGUUAUGCAAACGCAAUACAUUUUCAUAGCUGCUGGCCCCCCGAGUGACGAGAGAAAGCGCUAUGGUGGGUUAAGGUCGCUCCGUAAUUAAUACAAGAGCAUUUAACUGUGACAAAUUUUCCGUCAUAACUUUUUGGUUUUUAACGCGAUGGCUGCGAAACUUGGCAAAGAAUAACAGAUAUCAUUCGACAAUAACACAAAAUAUUCCGAUUUCACUGAUGGUAAAUAUUUCUUGAGAAAUUAGUGCUUAAAAGGACCUACUGUUCAAAGAAAAUCGCGUCUAGUAAAAAAUUUUGCUGAUAUUUUUUACUGAAAUUUCUGGUAUCGGCUUUAAUUGAUAUAAUAAAUAUGCCAGAGGAAUUUCAGAAAAAUCGUUGGAGCAGAAGUCCGUAACUAAAAGUCGGUCAAAAUUCAGCUGUGAAAUUGUUUUGGAAUUUCAAAAAUAAAUUACUAUCAGGUAGAAGGAGCCACCAGUUUGAAUUUUCGGGACAAGUAAAUUCAACGCUUGCUAAUUCUUAAAACAAAAGCGGAUUGCCUAUCGUGCUAUUCUUUGAAAGGUACUUUCUAGUUUUAGAAGAACUAUAAAGUGCUCCAAACCUUGCUCUGAAGUAGAAUGACUUGUUCGUCGACAGUUUUAAAAUAUCCCCUGGCAGUUUUGGCUCAAACUCCUGCUGCAUACAUUUUGAUGUAUUGCCAUGCAUUUUCAACGACUUCUACUGCCGUUCGUUCCUUCCAACCCGGGAAAAAAGUAGUGAGAUUGGACGCUACCUCGUAUCAGAGCUCAGAAAGAACUGUCCAGCACCUUUGUUUAUGACUAAAAAAUGAGCACGAGCGGCAGUUCUGCGUGGAAUUCGCACCUCACCCAGGGGUGACGAACGACAAUGAUGACCAUGCUUGUGAACCAAAUAACAUCACAGUGCAAAAUAAAAUUAUCGCAAAAAUACUGCCCGUGAAUAAAUUUACAACUCUGAAAUUUUUGUCACUCCUUCCUUCAAUGAAUGGGUAUUUUUUUCUUGAUUAUUAUGUUUUGCUCUGCAAUACAUGUUUAUACAGAUCGGUUCACAGACAUGGGCAUCAUUGUCACUCGUCCCCCCUGGCUGAGGUGCGAAUUCCUCGCAGAGCUGCCGCUCGUGCUCAUUUUCUGGUCAUAAACAAAGGUAGUGGACAGUUCUAUCUGAGCUUCGAUACUAGGUAGCUUACAAUCCCAAUACCUUUUUCCUGAAUUGGAAACAACGUAAAGCAGGAAAAGCCGUUGGGGAUGCUUUGCAAUACAUCAAAAUGUAUGUAGCAGGAGUUAGAACCAAAACUGCCAAGGGAUAUUUUAAAAAUGUCGAGGAACAAGUCAUUCGAUGUCAGAGCAAAGUUUGGAGCAAUUUAUGGUGCUUCUAAAAACUGAAAAGUACCUUUUAAAGAAUAGCACGAUAGGCAAUCGGCUUCUGUUUUCAGAAUUAGGAAACACAUUGAAGUUGCUUGUCCCGAAAAUUGAAACUGGUGUCUCCUUCUUCCUGAUAGUAAUUUAUUUUUGAAAUUCCAAAACAAUUUCACAGCUGAAUUUUGAGCGACUUUUAGUUACGGACUUCUGCUCCAACGAUUUUUCUGAAAUUCCUCUGGCAUAUUUAUUAUAUCAAUUAAAGCCGAUACCAGAAAUUUCAGUAAAAAAUAUCAGCAAAAUUUUUUACUAGACGCCAAGUCUACGUUAAGCGCUAAUUUCUCAAGAACUUUUACCAUCAAUGAAAUCGGAAUAUUUCGUAUUAUUGCCGAAUGAUAUCUGUUGUUAAUUGCAAAGUUUCGCAGCCAUCGCGUUAAAAUCGAAAAAGGUAUGACGGAAAAUUUGUCACAGCUAACUGCUCUUGUGUUUAUCACGGAGCCACCUUAAGUGAAGCAACGAGAAAAUGUCGCUUGACGUUGCAAACGUAAUCCCAAGUUUGAUUCCCAUUUGGGAUCUUUUGUUCGUAUACAUUUAUAGGACGGAACUCUAAAUUUCUAUUUUCAAUCUAAUGCAUUCUUCCAUCGACAUUGCAGAUUUUAAAGGCAUAUUCUGGAAAUUCUGAACUACAAAAUGUUGAGAUAAUUUCUUUCAGGUAGUGUCUAUUUAAAUGGUGAAAUUAUUAUUCUUGAGAUUUUUAGAGGCUUCAUCAUCAUCACCAUUGACAUUAUUUUUUUUCAAUGAAAAUUAUUAUUAUUAUUAAAAUUAUUAUUCUUAUUAAUAUAUGAGAAAUUAAUCCUUAAUUUUGAGGCGACAUUUCUUCAUUUAAUGCAAAUGUUAAAUAAGUAAAUGGUCAGUUCAAUUGCCCAAAAUUAGGCAAUCAUUUAACGUGUGUUUAAAUUCUAACAUUUUCCCUCACCUAAACGCGCGUGAGACUUUUCCACCAGUUGACUGUACAUUGUACCGAGAAAGAAUUAAAACAGAACGUUUAAAAAGCUCUCUGUUCAGCGAAAUACUCUGUAAGGGAUGCUUUCGUUUCCAUCGUUUUUAAGCGUUUUCAUGUGGACGUGCGAAAUCGAUUCAAAGACGCUUCGUGUGAACGCGUAUUGUUGUUGAAAGCGGAGAAACGAAAUUUCUUUAUCAAGAAUAUCUUGGAUACAUGCCGACGGGGGCCUCAAUUUUUGGUGAUGGUGAUUUUAUUUUUUUAAUUCCAUUUUAUGUAGGAAAGGCAGUGUUAUAGCUGAAUUUAAACUGACGUUCAAAACAAGUCUGACUACCAAAGAAGCCAUGGCCCCACUGAAGCAAGAAACAGCCGAUGGAAAAUUAGGG